AGUAUGGAUGUUACGUUGCGGCAGUUGUGUAAAAUUGAUGUAAGCUCGUUCGAUUGAGAUGACAAUGCGAAGAUACGAACGGCAGCAGAAACAGAAACGCGAGAACGCUUUCCGCGAACAGUAAAAUCGCGACAGUGAAAUCAGACAAAACGCAUCGAUGGUUCUGGGUGGCUUAUUGGCCCCCGCGGCAGCUCGUUGGAGAAGAAGUAAAACGAAAAGAACUCAGAGCGUUGCUCGGGAUACCGUAAACGCGUCGGUCGGCCAAUUAGGACUGUCACGUUAUGGACCGCAGGUGAUGAGCGUGUUGUGUUUAUGCACAUCCAGCAUCCAUCAGUCUACCCGCAACGUCACGCAGACCGGCAAAAUACUCCCCAGUCCGCCAUCUGAUACUCUUUGCGAGCAGCAGAUAACGCCCUCGCAGGAAAUACCUACUGACGAACUGGCGCUAUUAGCUAAACUGGAGGAAGCCAAUAGGCUGAUCGAGUCCGAUGCAAAGUCACUGAACUCUCUCCAAAGCAAUCACAGCAGAAAAGGUUCCGACACAUCCCAGGUGUCCGUGGCGUCGGGGGGCAGCGGAGGAAACGGCGAUGCUGCACCUCGGCGCCACAACUCUGCCGAUGGCGAGGAGAACACGUGGAAUGUCUGGGGUAAUAUUGUGGCUGAUUGGGACUUCCACUGGAAGAAACGGAAAGAGUUCGUCAAGGAAUUAGUUCGACAAGGCAUACCCCAUCAUUUCAGGGGCAUUGUUUGGCAAUUACUGAGCGGCGCACAUGACUCGCCGGUCAAAAAACAAUUCGCAGAAUAUAUUAAAGCAACGUCAGCCUGCGAAAGGAUAAUUAGAAGGGACAUCGCUAGAACGUAUCCUGAGCAUGACUUUUUCAAAGAAAAAGAUGGUCUUGGUCAGGAGAGUUUGUUUAACGUUAUGAAAGCGUAUAGUCUUCACGAUCGCGAAGUAGGAUACUGCCAAGGUUCAGGAUUUAUAGUAGGAUUACUUUUAAUGCAGCAAAUGCCAGAGGAAGAAGCGUUUGCUGUACUAGUAGCGCUUAUGCAAGAAUAUCGCUUACGAGACAUGUUCAAACCAAGUAUGGCUGAAUUAGGAGUAUGCAUGUAUCAAUUAGAACAUUUAGUUGCCGACACACAUCCGGAACUUCAUGCUCAUUUCACGGCUCAAGGUUUUCACACGUCGAUGUACGCGUCCUCUUGGUUUCUCACACUGUUCACUACAGCGCUGAGUCUUCCUUUAGCGUGUCGCAUAUUUGACGUGUUUUUAUCAGAAGGCAUGGAAAUUAUAUUUAAAGUCGCGUUGGCAAUGCUGCAUUUAGGCAAAGACGAUUUGCUCAGUUUAGAUAUGGAGGGUAUGCUGAAGUUUUUCCAGAAGCAAUUGCCGGGAAAGGCCGAGAAAGAUCCCGACGGCCUCAUGACGCUCGCUUACGGAAUGAAAAUCAAUCCAAAAAGAAUGAAGAAACUGGAAAAGGAUUACACAAUUUUGAAGAUGAAGGAGCAGGAAGAGAUGGUCGAGUUACGUCGGCUUAGAGCGGAAAACAGAUUACUCAGACAAAGAACUGAACUUUUAGAAGCAGAGUCGGCGGAACUGGCAGAUAGAUUAGUUAGAGGUCAAGUAUCGCGAGCGGAAGAGGAGGAGACCGCUUUUAUAGCACAAAGAGAAUUGGCGGCGCUUCGGCACGCACAUCUCGAGACGAAUCAUCAACUUGAACAAGCUCACGAGGAAUUGAGAUCGUUGUCGCUUCUCCUCGAGGAGAAUGUAACGUCUAGACAAUCAUCGCUUGAUGAGAUAUCGAUGAAACAAGAAGCGUUAUCGCAGAAGGAGGAAAUAAUACAGUGUUUGCAAGAAGAAUUGGUUAGAGUUAGAUUACAUGAGGCAGAAAAUGAUGCACUGAUAAGAGAGCUCAGGGGAAGAAUACAGGAAUUAGAACAGGACAAAAAGACACUGCGCGAGUCGACGCCGGACAAUUCUGUUGCUCAUUUGCAAGAAGAACUAAUUGCAGUUAAGCUCAGAGAGGCGGAAGCUAAUUUAUCUCUAAAAGAUCUACGGCAGAGGGUCAUGGAACUAAAUGCAGCUUGGCAAAGGCAUCUACAAGAACAUCGAUCCGCUCAAUCAGCGCCUGCCGCUGAUUCUACGCCAAAGAAGUUAUUGUUUUGGGAAAAUCGGGGACAUGAGGUGCAAAAACUGGAGGAAGACUUAAUGACGACUAGACUCCGUGAGAUGGAAGCGUUGACUGAAGUUAAGGAGCUUCGACUUAAGGUUAUGGAGCUUGAAACUCAAGUGCAAGUAGCUACCAAUCAGCUCCGUAGACAAGAUGAGAAUGGAAAAGUACUUAAAGAUGAGUUGGAGGCUGCGUUAUCUCGGGAAAAGGAUCUUGCUGCCAAGUUGCGAGAUCAACAGCACAAAUAUUCCGAUCUAGAGUCGAAAAUGAAGGAUGAAGCUAUGAUGGCCAGGAUACGCGAUGCCGAACACGCGCAGCACGUUGCCGAGCUUAUGCAGAAAAUAUCUCUUCUCGAGUUGAAGAACGAGGAGAUGUAUGCAGAAGGCGAACUUAGAAAUAAUUUAGACGACAGUGAAAAAGUAAGAGAGCUUCAAGAUAAAGUCGCCGAACUGAAAGCUGAGGUCAUGAGGCUAGAGAGUUGGAAACAACGAUGGACGGGUCUUGGCGGACAAACCGCGCGAAGUUUCAGCGUCGAUACUGAAAGCGAAUUGGACGAGCGGGAUCUCAGAAUUUGCUUACAGGAUCAUAUCAAUACGACCACGCCAAACUCACCCGAGGUAUAGAAUUCUAUGUAUACCAGACCAUUAGGCAGCUAACAAUACUCCGUUACUCGAUACGCACGAACCUUUUGUUCGUUGUCGGCUUUCGCUGUAGGAAAUAACGCGUAUAUGCGCUUAGAUUGUAACUGCGGGAGUUAGUUCGUAAUAAUCCUGUUUACGUUACGUGUAUUACUACUAGGCCAAAUACAAUAGACAUUCAUAGCCAUUAACUAAGUACGCUGUAACAAUUAAAAAGAAAAAAAAAGAUAAACGAAACAAUGAAAUAGUAACGAUAGACACCUUCGAUAAUUGACACCAAAUAAUCUGGAUCGUAAUCAAGAUGCGAAACUCGGUAUUGCUUUCAAGAAUUAAUUAACUUUAUAAUGCAUACUUUAACAUUAUAAUCUUUUUUUUUGUAGAGCUAUAGCAUUUUUUUUA